AUGCGUUUCUCUUUUCUGAGCGCUGUGGCUCUUGCCUCCGGAUCAAUUGCGCAGAACUGCAACCCUGGGGCAGAUUAUUGCGGCUGGUUCCUGUCCAACAACCUCGGUUGGACUAACAUCCCAGAUGAGACUGGCCUGUGGCUCUGCAAUGAUGCCGGCGAGUCAGCGUCGUACAUUGAGCAUUGCAGAUUCAAUUGCACUGGCCCAAAUGCUCAUUGCCCCUCGAGUGCAACAACUACCACGACUACCACAACUUCCACAACUUCCACGUCUUCCUCCACUACCACUACUACAACCAAGUACACUGGAAAACCGGGGUUCUAA